GCGCCUACUGUAUUGCUCCUGUCCGGUCAUUGACCUAUAUAAAAAUUACGCCACAAGCGUUGGCAAAGGAGAGGCAACAUGGCGUCGUCCAUUUGUCGAAUGUGUCUUUCGAAGUUCGUGAAUAAUUGGCAAUUUUCGUAUGGAAAGGUGUUGCAUAAUUCUCGAACGAUUAAAGUGAGGUAUUUUUCAGAUUUCAAAGAUCAAUAUGACUUAGUUGUGAUUGGAGGAGGAUCUGGUGGGCUUGCCUGUUCAAAGCAAGCCGCCCUAUUGGACAAGAAAGUACUUGUCAUGGACUAUGUUGAUCCAUCGCCUCAAGGCACUAAAUGGGGUCUAGGUGGUACAUGUGUUAACGUGGGAUGUAUACCAAAAAAGUUAAUGCAUCACGCAUCAUUAGUUGGAGACGCUGUCAAUGAUGCAUCCAAGUAUGGAUGGAAUGUCACAAGAGACAAGACUGUUGAAUGGUCUGUCUUGGUUGAGGCUGUACAGAACUAUAUCAAAUCACUGAACUGGGGACAUAGAGUACAACUCAAAGACAAGAAUGUAGAAUAUUUAAAUGCUAAAGGCUCAUUUUUAGAUGAGAAUACGAUACGUGCUGUGAUGGCAAAUGGAAAACAAAAAUCCAUUACUGCUUCUAACAUUGUCAUAGCAACAGGAAUGCGUCCAAGGUAUCCAACUGAUGUACCAGGAGCAUUGGAAUAUGCAAUAAGUAGUGAUGAUAUAUUUACAUUAAAAAAACCACCAGGAAAAACGUUAGUUAUUGGUGCUAGUUAUGUGGCAUUAGAAUCUGCUGGUUUUCUCCAUGGACUUGGCUUCCCUACAUCAGUAAUGGUUCGAUCCAUUCCUCUUCGAGGUUUUGACCAGCAAAUGGCAUCCUUUGUCACGGAUCACAUGGAAGCAAUCGGUAUACCAUUUCUUUGGUCCUGUAUUCCUGUUUGUUUAGAGAAAAAUAGUAAUGGAAAGAUUGUAGUGACGUACAAAGACACAAAAACUGGUUUCACAUUUACAGAUACCUAUGACACUGUCAUGAUGGCCAUAGGACGAAGUCCAUCAACAUCUGGGCUUGGUUUAGAAAACACAGGAGUUGAUUUGAAUGAUAAAGGUUACAUCAUAAGUACUCGAAAUGAAAGGAGUACAGUGAAACACAUCUAUGCUGUCGGUGAUGUGCUUGAGGGUGGUAUUGAACUUACCCCAGUUGCUAUCAAAGCCGGCAGGUUACUGGCACGUAGACUGUUUGACAAUAAAUCAGACUACAUGGACUAUACCAAGGUGCCGACUACAGUAUUCACACCACUGGAAUACGGAGCUGUUGGUCUCUCUGAAGAAGCAGCAAUCAGAAGAUAUGGCAAUGAUAAUAUUGAGGUUUACCAUGCAUUUUACAAACCUCUAGAAUACACAAUACCAGAGAAAUCUGCAGAUCAGUGUUACAUUAAAGUUGUAUGCAGGAGAGAAGAAAAUGAAGAAGUGUUGGGUCUUCAUUUCUUGGGUCCACAUGCAGGUGAAGUUGUACAAGGAUUUGCUGCAGCAAUGAGGUGUGGUCUAACCAGGAGUUUGCUGGAGUCGACUGUUGGAAUUCAUCCAACCAGUGCAGAAGAAAUAGUCAGAAUACACAUCACAAAGAGGUCAGGGAUAGACCCAACUGUGACAGGUUGCUGA